AUGGCCAGCGCCUACUCCCUCCCUCCUCUUCCCUACGCCUAUGAUGCCCUUGAGCCCAGCAUCUCCAAACAAAUCAUGGAGCUGCACCACGGCCGGCACCACCAGGCCUACGUGACCAACCUCAACGCCGCGCUGCAGUCCGCCGCCGCCGCCUCCGCCGACGUCGCCGCCCAGAUCGCCCUGCAGCAGGCCAUCCGCUUCAACGGCGGCGGCCACAUCAACCAUUCUCUCUUCUGGGAGAACCUAACCCCGGCCAGCAGCCCCGACGCCGACCUCACCGCUGCCGCCCCGCGCCUGGCCGCCGCCCUCGCGGCCACCUGGGGCUCCGUCGAGGCCUUCCAAAAGGCUUUCGCCGCGGCGCUGCUCGGCUUGCAGGGCAGCGGCUGGGGGUGGCUCGUCAAGGACACGGCGCACGGGGGCGCGCUGAGGAUCGUCACGACAAAGGACCAGGAUCCGGUGGUCGGCGCGGAGACGCCGGUGUUUGGCGUGGAUAUGUGGGAGCACGCCUACUACUUGCAGUACCUCAACGGCAAGGCCGCGUACAUUGAAAACAUUUGGAAGGUCAUCAACUGGAAGACGGCCGAGCGCCGCUUCGUCGGCGGCCGCGAUGACGUCUUCAAGGCUCUCAGGGCGUCCAUCUAG